AUGCUAAGCACUUUCGUCAAUGAACACCACUCAGACUGGGAUAGAUAUUUGCCUUACGCUAUGAUGGCGUAUCGAGCAUCAGUGCACGAAACGACUGGGUUCACUCCCAACUUCAUGAUACUUGGUCGAGAGGUAUCAACCCCACUUGACAUUAUGUACGAUAUGCCCAAUUCGGUCAAAUACAUCCCUACUAAUCAAUGGGCUUGGCAUCUCAAGGAGACAAUGGAAGAUGCCCAUAGACAUGUAAGGGAAAACAUUAAAGCGUCUAUGAUCAGGCAAAAGCGAUAUCAUGACCAGAAGUUAUCCUGGCAGCAGUUUAAAAAGGGUGACGAAGUGUAUGUCUUUUUCCCGGUACGGAAAGCGGGAUUGUCGCCGAAGUUUACAAGCUACUGGCGUGGUCCGUACGAGGUCAUUGACAAAAUGACAGACAUUACCUACAAGGUAAACUGUGGACCACGAGGCAAACCACAGAUUGUGCAUGUGGACAGAUUGCGUCUCAAACGUAGCCAGACGUUGAGAGAUGAGGUUGUAGAGGACAAUAGUUCUCAGGAAGACACUGGUCAAGACACAGAGAGGAGUGUCACUGACAAUGAAAGAAAUGACAUAGAAGCACCCCCAAGUGGUGACGACUUGGUUGUUAAUGAAGGUGGGGGUAGAAUCAGAAGACCGCCUACCUGGUUGCAAGACUAUGUGUUUGAUUAA